AUGGGUGUCAAUGCCGAAAGCGGAGGGACAUCGCUGACAUCCAACAGCACCGACAAGCCACAGCCUGGUGGUAAGACCUCCAACGCUUCAAGGCUGGAAUAUUUUGUAGACCAGACAGAACAAGGGCUUUGCAUCAACGUAUUGUCUUGGGCCAGGUCCGGUCCGAACCUUCGCGCAUAUGGCGACGAGGCUUCCCCAGGCCUUGUCAGCCGCACUUGUCCGACCUCUAACGGAAAACAGCUUGUUCCCAGCGGUGGCAAUUGCGGAUACAAUAACAAUAACAGUAAUACCAACAGCAACAACAGCAACAACAACAGCCGCGGCCUUGAUGGUGGAUGUCUAUCCUGCAGCAUCCCCAGCCGCCACCUCUUGCUCAGUAACAUUACCUGGACGACAGAUCAACAAGCCCUAGAGCAGCUCUUCGCUUGCUAUGGUCCCUUGGAGUCCAUCCAGCUGUUCCACGACAAGGGCUGUGCCGUACUCAAUUACUCGUCUACUAUGUGCGCCGAGGCCGCUAGGGCCUCCCUUUCAGGUGUCCGGAUCGCAAUCCUUACCGGCAACCGGCCCUUGGAGAUUUGCUUCCUUCACCCCAACGCGCCUAACGGCAUAACCGCCAACUGUACAACCAACACAAAUCCCACCACCACCAUUGCUUCCAAAGAGUCGUCGUACGUCGCAACUGCCACCAUCUCCCACGGGCCCCUUGGUUCUGCACCACCGCCGCCGCCGCGCGGAGGCGGCGGUGUCGGCGCCGCCGCCACGGCGGCGGUGUCCUGGCCAUCGGCACCCAUGCAGCCGCAGCGUGUCGCAUGCUGCGACGACGAGGGAAGCACUAGCAGUCGUGCAAGCCGUACAAGCACCAGCAGCAGCCGACCGGAAAGCGAUGACGCUGCAACGGUGGAGACUUGGCGAAGUGUACGACGCCAGGGCAGCAGCGGCACGAGCACCUCCCUGGAUGCUUCCGAUUGCCUCGAUACAGCGGAGAUGUUGUACGGCGGUGCCGGCGGCGGCGGCGGUGCCGGCGGUGGCGGUGUCAGCGUCGGACCCGGCAUCGGUGUCUCUGUCGGAGUUGGCAGUGGCGCCAUUUCCUGCGCUUCACGCACCGCCAAUUGCGUGUCCAACACCCUUUGGCUGGGCAACUUUGAGCGUAGCGUGGACCGGUACGAGAUUGAGGCCCUCCUCUCGCCGUUUGGCUCGCUGGAUGGCGUGUGUGUUUUCCCCGAACGCGGCGUUGCCUUUGCCAGCUUCCUAUCCGCAGAGGAUGCCGCGGCCGCCAAGGCUGCGCUGGACGGGCAGAUGGUUCCGUCUCUGGCCAGCACCAAACCACUUAGGCUGGGUUUCCAGCACUCACAAGACCUUAAGGCCAUGUGCUUGGCAUUGGAGUCUCGACAACAGUCUUCCGCCACAGCCGUUGCUGCCGUUCCUGCUGCCGUUCCUGCUGCCGUACCUGCCGUACCUGCUGCUGCUACUGUAGGCACCAUCACAGAGACGACAGUCAGCACCGCCACUGCUGCUACUGCUACUGCUAUCCCUACUGCUACUGCUAUUUCUCAUCACGUUCUCGCCAACGGUGGCGGUGACGGUGGAGGAUGCGCUUUGGACUUGGCGCCUCCGGCCGAUACUGCAGCAAGGCCCGACGGCCUGGGCGGCGGCAGUGGCAGCAUCGCUCUUGGGAGAGUCCCUACCGCCGCCGCCGCCGCCACCGCCGCCGCUGGUGCUACUCCUGGUGCUCCUGCUGCUGCCGGCGCCGGCGCUGCUCGCACUGCCGUGAACCACAGCGACUGGGCCGCCGGUGUACCAACGACUGAGGCCGCCGUCAAAUUCGUGGACGCAUCGGCUGCCAGUGGUGCUGGAGCUGGUCUUGCAGCUGGAUCUGGUUCUGGUUCUGGAUCUGGUUCUUCCUCCUACGACCUUGAGCCUUGCCGGCACUUGUGGCUGGGCAACAUUCUGUCCAGCGCCAAGCAACAGGACCUUGAGCCAGUCUUUUCGCGUUUUGGUGCUGUGGAAUCUGUUCGCAUCUUCCCAGCCAAGAACUACGCCUUCGUCAAUUUUAAGUCACCACAGAGCGCCGAGGCUGCCAAACUGGCUCUCGGUGGACGGCCGGUACCAAGCCUGACGGGCUCAAGCCCACUGCUGCUGCGUUACAAGCGACUGCCAGCUGACAGCCCGCACCUUAGCCGGAACACCUGGAAUACGGCCGCGGAGACGACCGCGGGGCUCCUGCCAUGGCUACUGCUACUACAGCCCGGCCCUGGCGCUACUGCCGCCGGCGGUGGCGGCGGCUUCAAUCCAGGAGCGCUAGCUCCAACAGCAAAUGUCCCGGGCCAGCUUUCGCAGGUGCACCAACAGGAUCCGGAAUUUGCAAGUUUUUGCGCUCAGGCGGCAGUGCGGGCAGGCUUGGCGGCCACUCCGGAGCUUUUCCCUCAUGCCACGGCAGCGGCCGCAGCGGCUGCAGGGCUCAAUCCGUACGGCGCCGUCGGCGUUCCGUCGGCGCCAUCGGCCUCAUCGUCCGGUUUGCUUGAUGGUAACAGCUACUGCAACUCGAGGGACCUGACUACAGAUGCCAUGGCCGCGGCGCAGAUGCUUUGGUGCCAGGGUUUGCCGACGCCGGCGACGUCCGCUGCUGCCGCCGCUGCAGCAGCUGGUGGGGGUCAGGCCGCGCUCGCUGCCGAGCAGGCACUCCUGGAGAGCUUGGCGGCAGCGGCGAUGCUUGCGCCGGCACCGCCGUCAGUCUCCGCGGCGACCGCGGCUACAGCAGAUGCGUUCUCUGGCCAACAAGACAUGAAUUCCUUGCUUUCUGCUGUGUUACUGUCAUAG